AUGGGGAACAUUAUAAGAAAACUAUGUCCAGACGUUGAGGAUGUGGAGUUAACAGCACUGUCGUACUCGACGAAUACGAAUAAAUGUACGAACAACAUUUAUUCUGCAUGCAUCAAUAAUGACUUUGAAAAAGUCAAACGACUUUUAGAAACAAUGACCAUUGUACAAAUAAAUGAAAAAAAUGAAAACGGUGAUACGAUACUUCAUCUAGCCACACGCUAUGGUCAUACAAAUAUUAUUCAGUUAUUACUGAAGAAAGGCGCAUGGCGAUCAAUUCGUAAUGCAAAUAGUAUUACAGCAUUUGAAGAAAUAGUAAAACCUCAACCAGCACUUGAUGAGUUUGACGAUGACGAUGUAGCACGCUAUGAGAAUGAAGAACUACAGUACGAAACUGCAAAACGUGUAUUCGAACGUGUUGGCGAACACAAUCGAUUCAUCGGUGAUUGUGCCGCAGAUUGGAAAUGCAAUCAAGAUGAGCAAUUAUUAUUCUUUAAACAUGUUCUUUUAAUACAUGAAUACAGAUAUGAUCAAUUGAUUGAUUCGAUUAUUGCCAUUGAAAAAGAUUAUAUUGAUAAAGAACUUAGUGAUAUAAAAGGUUAUGAAAUUAUUAAAUCGUUCUUCUCCAUGGCAGUUAAAGAAAAGAAUUUUACUUAUAUUUUAAAAGCACUUACAGCUGAAACGAAUUUUUUAAAAAGUCUAAAUGUUAGUCUUACAAUGUAUGAAGAAGAAGAUUAUGUGAAUGCAUACAACAUCAUGAGAUUAACGUCAAUGAUCUCAUGUUGCACUCCAGAACAGUAUUAUCAAGAGAUGAAGAAAAUUAUCAUCAAAUUUUAUGAAGAACAGAAUCAUCUUUAUAGGGUAGCAAAAUGCAUACCAGCAAUUAUACUUCUCAUUAAACGUCCGGCAGUCUUCACAGGUCAAACAUUUGGUGUCACAAAAAUUAUGAAAAAGGAUCGAGAAAGUUACAGUGUUGACACAUCAAUUUAUACGCGUACAUUUUUAUCGACAUCAAAGAAUCGUGACUACAUUCAAAGUACUGGACUCAGUUAUGAUCCGGAUCCUGAAGUAAUCAUCGCAAUAUGCACAUAUACAGUUAAAAACUUCGACACUCCUUCCGCUUUUGAUCUAGAACAUAUAUCCGAGUAUUCAUUUGAAAAAGAAGUACUUAUCGCUCCUUAUACAAGAUUUAUAAUCAAUAAAAUCGCACCAAGUGAUGUUAUUGAUGAUAUUCUCGAUAUCGUGUUAGAGUCCAUCGACUGA